CGAGAGGGGGGUCAGGGGGCUCCUGAGACUGCCUCAGAGGGGUGUCCAGAGGAAGGCAGACGGGCAAAGAUAGAGACACACAGCGAAGGAAAGACACAGAGAGAAAGAUCCAAAAAGAGACAAGGACCCCCAACAUUCAUCCACAUAGCCACAAGUGGCAGCUGGAGCCAGCCUACAAGAAGGUCUGCUACCUGUCUGUCCCCAUGGGCCACCAUGGGCCAUGGCUGCACACUUCUCUCCUCUGGGUUGCCGUGGCCAGCCUGCUCCUCCCCCCAGCCAUGACCCAGCAGCUGAGAGGGGCUGGGCCCAGCCCCAGCAACUGGAACAACAAUGCAGGAGUCGCGGGGCCCUCAGAGGACGCAUCAGGUGAGUUUGGUUACCCCAUCCACAGCCACAGAGGCCAUAGAGAUGAGAACGAGGAUGUUUCCACAGAAAGUGGGCAUCAAUUUUGGAGCCAUAGCGACCGUGGAGAAGAGGACGAUGUCUCCAGGGAAUACAGUCACCAACUCCAAGGCCACAUGUACCAAGGCGAUGAGGUUGGAGAUGAGAACAUCUCUGAUGAGGAGGUCUUCACAGAAUAUGCUCGGCAGGCCCAUGGGAACAGAGGCCAUAGGAAUGAAGACAUGGACGAUUCAGCUGAACAUGGACACCACUUCCCCAGCCACAGAAGCCACAGCCAUCAAGAGGUGGAUGAAAACGAAGUUGUGUCCAGUGAGUAUCAACAUCAUAUCAUCAGGCAUGUACACCGAGGCCAUGGAGAAGAAGAUGAUGAAGAAGGUGAGGAGGAGGGUGUUUCUACUGAGUAUGGACUCCAGGCCCACAGGUACCGAGGUCACAAAGAAGAAGAAAAUGAUGAUGUCUCCAAUGAGUAUGGACACCAGGCCCACAGGCACCAAGAUCACGGAAAGGAAGAGGAUGAAGAGGUCUCAGAUGAACAUCACCAUCAUGUCCCCGGCCAUGGACACCAAGGCCACAAAGAAGAAGAUGAGGAGGAGGAGGAGGAGGAGGAUGACGAUGUCUCCACUGAGCACAGACACCUGGCACACAGGCAUCAAGGCCACGGGAAGGAAGAGGAUGAUGUCUCAGAUGAACACCGCCAUCAUGUCCCCAGCCACGGUCAUCUAGGCCAUGGAGACAAGGAAGAUGAGGAUGAGGAUGUGUCCACUGAACAUUGGUACCAAGUUCCCAGACAUACCCACGACAGCCUUGGAGAUGAGGAGGACGAGAUCACAGUCAAGUUCAGCCACCAUGUUGCAAGCCACCAACCUCAAAGCCACAAGAGUGCUGAGGAGGAGGACUUCCUAGAUGAGUAUAAAACAGAAGUCUUUGGCCAUCACCACCAUGAAGUCCCCAAGGAGGAAGAUGAGGACAUCUCUGUCAAGCUUAGCCACCAAGUUCCCAGUCAACAAGGCCAGAGAGAUGAAGGGACUGGCCACGGAGUGUCCAUCAAAGAGAUUAGCCCCCAGCCCCCAGAACACAUAGGGGUCAAGGAUAUAAGCUAUUUGGGGGAGAGAGAUUCUGAGGAAGAAGAAGAGAAGAAGGAAGAAGAACACAGCUCCCAUGAGGAAGAUGAUGAAGGUUCAGAGCAGGGAGAAGGUACCCACUAUGGCAGCCUGGACCAGGAUGAGGAAGAUGAGGAGGAAGGUCAUGGCCUCAGCCUGAGCCAUGAAGAAGAUGAAGAAGACGAUGAAGAGGAGGAGGAAGAAGAGGAAGAGAGGAGGGAAGAGAGGCCUGAGGUUCAGGCCCCACUGAGUCAAGACCACCAAGAGGAAAAAGAGGAUGAGGAGGGGCUGGAGGAAGACGAGCUCCCCUUCACCAUCAUCCCCGACACACUGGCUGAGAGGGAGGUAGCUGAAGGCGGCUCCAGCGAGGAGAGUGGUGAGGACACUGGUCCACAGGAUGCCCAAGAGUACGGGAACUACCAGCCAGGGUCCCUGUGUGGCUACUGCUCCUUCUGCAAUCGAUGCACUGAAUGUGAAAAUUGUCACUGUGAUGAGGAGAACAUGGGAGAGCACUGCGACCAGUGCCAGCUAACCUCCUGCUGGAGACCCCAUCCUGAGUCUGCCCUUGACCAUGUCCUAUCGCUCAUUCUCUCUCCCCAUCCACGCCCCCAGCACUGCCAGUUCUGCUACCUCUGCCCGCUGGUCUGCGAAACUGUCUGCACUCCAGGAAGCUACGUCGACUAUUUCUCCUCGUCCCUGUACCAAGCCCUGGCGGACAUGCUGGAAACUCCGGAACCCUGACCUAGUCGCGCGGCUGCGGCACAGACAUACCUUCCUGGCCCUCCAACCCCUUUCCACAAACCAUAUUUAUUUAUCUGAAAAAACGUGCUCCCCGGAACCUCAUUGUCAAGCGUGGAGUCUGGCUUCUCAGGGCACUGGGGAACGCGGGUGGGGACUGGGGACUUGAAUUCGUGGGACCGAGGGAGGAGGGGCCUGGACUCCUGGGUCCUCGACGUAGUUGGUUUGCUUUCUUAAGGUCCUGACAAAUAAAUCAGUCAACACGGGA